GCAACGUGAGGCUGUCGUACGGGAGUCCCGCUACGGAGCGGACGUCUACGCCGUAGCAACGAAAAGGGGACCUUGACACGAAUUGUCACACCCCGAAUUUCGUUUAUCUUCUCGAAUAAUUCCAAUUCGAUUGUAAAUUGUGUGCUAUUUUUCGUGGAGUACAGUGUACGAUGUAUGGGUACACUUGCGGCCAAAUUAAAUGAUACCUUUCACUUUCGAGUGUUUGUUUAGUGUGUGUGGACAUUGACUAUUUGAGGUGUUUGCACGUGGAGUUGUACGUAAGAUCUGCAUAGAAGCAGGCAAUAUCCGGGCCUGAAGGAAAUGCUCUGACUCCACAAUAUGGCGGUCUAUCUGGCGCUGUUGGCGCUGCAGCUAGCAGUCGCCAGCGCUGGGAAGUGUACCACUGGCUUCUCAGUGGUGGCACCAGAAGUAGCAGUUCCAGGGAAAACCACUGCAAUCCUCGUCACUCUUCAUGGAAGAGCUGGAGAUGAGACCCUGGAUCCUCUCAACGUUACUGUCAGGCUUGAAACUCAGGACGCAAACAACGAUGUGAAACUGCUGACUGCUGCUAGCCAAAUGAUUUUGGGUUACGGCAUCAUCCCCCUCAAGAUCCCAUCAUCGCCAGCCACUCAUUGCACGCUACACACCACGGUCGGCUGCGUUGGUAAUGACGAGUGUACUGCUAAGAGUCACAGUGUCAUCCGUCUGCUUGGCCCAGUGAGAGAUGUGAUUGUGAGGCCAGCGAGGCAUCAUUACCGGCCGGGAGAAACUAUUACCUUCUGGAUCCUCGCCUUGGACCAUGACUUGCGGCUCGUUCGAGGAGAAUUGGCUUACGUGGCACUCAGUGACCCAGCAGGCACCAAGGUUGCUAUAUGGGAACAGCUAUCUAUGGAUGAAGGUGUACGCAAACUCAGCGCAAUCUUAGCAACUGGUGCCCGCUCCGGUACUUGGCGCAUCGAAGCCCGCUGCGGAGGCGGUUCAGCCAGGGUCGACAUCACCGUUGGCAAUGGUGUCGGGAACACGGCACCAGCAGCACCGGCCGCUGAACAGCAUUAUGUGGAGCUGAGAUUCGCUGAUAGUAUGAGAAGGCGGUAUAAGCCUGGAUUGCCUUUUGUUGGGAGGGUCGAAGCAAUGAGCACGGAAAAGCGAGUCCGGGUACGCGUCAAGCUAUAUGACGACAAGACCGAUAUCUAUAGUCAAGACAUUGACAUGUCCACGGGCGAGGGCGGAUUCAUAGUCCCGACUGUCAUGGCCGACGCACCGUACGUCAAUUUGCAGGCGGAGUUAGUAGCAGUGGAAGGCAAAGAGAUAGAAACCCACUACGUGUUAGCACGGGAGAGAAUACGCCGAUGGAACUCCACUUCCAAGUGCUAUCUGCUCGUGGAAAACUUGCCAACACCUCUGCAGGCUGGCGGCAUAGCAAGUGCAAGCGUGUGGUCUUCCUGCGGCUGCCGACAGCGCCUCCUAGCUGCGGUUACCAGUGGCGGGCGCGCGGUCCACUGGGCAGCCGUCCCUGCCCCGCCGGCCAAUGAUUCCGAUCUCUGCCGGUUUAAUUAUACGUUCCCAGUAACAGCAGACAUGGCGCCAAUCAGCUCACUCCUCGUCUACUACGUCACGGAGAACGGCGAGCCUGUCAGUGAUGUGGCUAGCUUCCAUGUGAGACUGCUGCAUAAAGAGGUGGCUGUAGCAAUAGAAGAGCGUCGUUGGUGGUACCCCAGAGCGGCGCUGCAGCUUCGAGUCCUCGCUCCACCUGACUCCACCAUGUGUUUGAUCGGGGCACGAGCUCCUCCUGAUGCGAGAUUCGAUCCACAUCAGACGACACCAGAACACGAAGAAGCUCCCGGUCCCGAGUUCGUAUCAGCUGGCGUCUCUCUCUUCGUUGGUGGCGGCGCGUGCGGUGGCGGCGUGCUGUACCGACAACGUACCGCGCCAACUCCUCACGCUCCUGCGCACCUGGUACCUCCGGCGACGCAUGACCGACUGUGGAUGUGGAAGUGCUUUAAUUAUACAAACCAGCUGUCAACUGACGGAGUGACCAUUUCUGCGCCUUCCGAAGCCGGUCGCUGGUCGCUUUGGGCCCUAUCUCUCUCCAACCACGGUCUACGCUUCUCAGCACCACGGACCAUCAAUGUGUUCCGACCGAUACAACUGGACUUCUCACUGCCACCGGCCUUGAAAGUUGGGGAGACUGUCGAAGUGGAUGUCAAGAUUACGAAUAAUAUCAAUAAUUGUAUGGAUGUAACAGCACUACUAGCUCUAAGCGCGGGCGCAGCCUUCGCCAGCACAGGAGCUCUAUACGUCACAGAGAGAUUGCGACUGGGACCCCGCGGUGGUACCCAGCUGGUAGUUCGAGUGGCCGUCAAUACUCCGGGCAGGAAGAAUAUUACUGUGGAAGUGACAGGCUACAGUGCUGACAACUGCUCCAUCUCCUACACAUCGUUCAACAACGAGACCUUGGUUGGCUCCGUGAUCAGGUCAGCAAGCGUGCUGGUUCUACCUGAAGGCCUGCAUAGGACUGAUACGCAGAGCGCUUACUUCUGUGCUAAUGAACACCUAGCGGUAUCAUCCCGAGGAUCCUGGGAGUGGCAAUGGGUAGCGGCUCCAAGGAACCGAGCGGGCUUAGUGCUGGAACUGCGGGCUCAGGGGGCAGCUCAUGUAGCGUUGUCGGCCAUUCGAGAACCUUCCGACGAUAUGUAUCGAGUUGUGUUUGAGAGAACUAGAGUUUGGAUUGCUAAGGGAAAACAUGGCUACGAUGUCCACCUAGCAAGUGCAGAACAAACAGAAAGCGAUGAAGACUGCUCAGGCGCAGACUCUUGGUGUGCCUGGUGGGUGUGGUGGGAGGGGGGGCGCCUGUCCGUCGGCAGGGGCGCCGCGCCUUCCGAGAGACGACUCCUGGUGUGGCCACUCGCUCCUGAUAUGAGAAUCAAGUUUGUUGGCUUCAGCGCUCUGUGGGGUGAUAAGGCUGAUUUUAGAAUCUGGAACUUCAACGAAGAAGCAGGCUUUUCUCAAGUCUUAGAGCUCGGUUUACCUCACGGUGUGGUCCCAGGAUCUGCAAGCGGAACACUUCUCGUAUCUGGAGGUCUACAUCUUCCUCUGUACAGUCUUCAAACAGACUCCACUGACCAAUGGGCUGAAGUAUGGAGGGAUUCCCAACUGUCUGCAGCAUCAGCUAGUUUGGCACCGCUGUUGGCGUUAGAACAUAUUCCUCAUUUAGUUGAUGAUGCAGAGAGGGAGAGGAUUUUGAGGAAACUGCCUGAACAAGUCCAAGUAUUGUUGUCCUUCCGCAAGAGUGACAACUCCUUCAGCGACCAUCCAGGAAUGAGUAGCCAUUUAUCAACCAUCAAAAUACUAGAAAUUUUGACGAAGAUCCAAUCAUACUACCCUGUAGACCCAGAACUACUUCAGAACAUCAAAAAAUGGAUACAGAAGCGGCAGAAUUCUGAUGGUUCUUUCACUCCUUUAGCUGCAGAUAAAGAAGUAGAUUAUUACCCAGUUGAUUUAACUAAAACUAACGGUACGGCUAAGGAGGUUGAUGUGAAUGAGUAUUACUAUUAUGAUAAAGAUGGUAAUAUGACGCAAGAAGAAAUAGAUUGGGAGAGAAGAGUUGAAGUGACUGCUGAAACUUUAGUUGCUUUGCUUGAAGUUGGUGUAGAGAAUCAGCUUGAUGCAGAUGUAGCAAAGAAAUCUCAAAACUAUUUGGAGCAUAAUCUACAUAAUUUGACAUCACCUGCUGCUUUGGCUGCAACUGUACUGGCAUUGGUUCUUGCAAGGAGUCCCAUAGUACCUGAAGCACUGGUUAUUCUAAGAAAUGCAUCAACAACCGAAGAGGGUGAAUUCGGAUGGCCAGCACCAAGGAAGGAUGCAGCUGAUUGGCUUCUAGAAGAAACUUCCAGGAACAUAAAGACAACUUCUUACGAAGCAGUAACAAUGGAACAAUACGUGGCCGGUGUACGAGUCCUCCUCGCAGCUUGCGCACGCGGCGCAUUAGCUGAAGGUGAAGCGGCGGCGCGGUUCCUGUACUACAGAGCUUCGACGCUGCAGCGACAUCCUAGUCUAGCUUACCAGGCUACUAAGGCUGCUGCUCAGUAUGCUGCUUUGGCUCAUGAUAGACACCGUGCACUCACAGUAUCUCUAGCGACAGCGGGCAUGGAACUGACAGACACGCUAGAACUCCGCGCUCGCACUCCCCCACGGCAACUGCAGCUGCCUGGCCUGCCCACUAAAGUGUUUGUGUACGCUACUGGCGCGGGCUGUGCUACUGUUCAGGGAACAAUAACUUACUCCACGUACACGCCGAAAGCUGAAAAUGCUUUGCUGAAUAUCCAAGCCGCUAUUAUCGAAGAGAUCCGUCCUGAGAGGAGUAGCAUCGAAGACCUGCAAGGAAACCUGCCUACUCUGAUCAUAAAAACUUGUUUCAAAUGGAAAGGCAAGGAACGCUCAGGCAUUCUCCGUCUAGAAUCGUCUCUGUUCUCUGGCUAUGAACUGCACUCAGUCAACCCAGUGGUAUUAGAUGGUGCCACUUUCGCUGACUUACAUUACGGAUCCAGAGGAGAAUCCGUGUGGUUCGUCUUUGCUAAUAUCAGUUCAACGUGCCCCGUCUGCGUAACAUACGAAGUACGUUCCAAAUUCGUUAUCACCAGUUUAAGACCAGCUUUCGCCAAGAUCUACCCAUCAACACGACCAGAUUUAGCAGUCGAAACAUUCUUUCACGCUAGACCAGGAAGCCCACUACUUCGAGGUAUCACCGACGAUGAUUUCAUCACAUGGUUCGACAAAACUGAACUAGCUAGUCUCAAAACUAGCACAAGCAUUGACAAUAUUUGCGAGUGUGGUAGAAUUUGUAGCCGGGAUUAUGAAUUCAGAAAGAAUUAUGAUGAUCAUACUGAAAGUACUACGGAAAAUGUUGAUACUACGGUCACUGAAAGUACCACGGUUACUACAGAAGAAAGUACUACAUUGAGUACAACAGAAGCCUCAACAACUGAAGAAAUAACAACUACUGAGGGCAGUACUUCGACAGCUUUCAGUACUUCUUCAAGUACGACAGAAAUUAUCACAACACAAGAGACUACCAUUACUGAUAAAACUUCAACCGACACCUAUACCACUAUCAAAAUCGAAAGUAUUGAUGACCCAAUAAUAAUCCCAACUGUAACAUACUUGAAUACAACUGAGACUCAAGAACUGAAUAAUAACAUAGGACCUCUAUUGCCAAAGAUUAACGGUGAACUUAUUGUUCCAAAAUCCGUAUUGCCAAAGAUACCAAAGAAAGAUGAAAUAAAGAAAAAGCCUUUGCCAAGACGAAAGGGAACUCUGAAGGCAACAUAUGGUGAUAAACAUGAAAAAUUCUUUUUGAAAUUGAAAGAACUUGAAAAUGCAACUUCUCCUGCAACGUCAACAACUACUGAAGUAGUGACGACCUCAACUGAAAUGGUAAAGGUAAUCAAUAGUCAAGAAAAAGUCGCAAAACAAGAUGUAACUCCUGUGGAAACAGACAAGGCACUACAUAAAAUUGUUUUACAAAAAUUUGAAGCGCAAAAUCCUCUUCUGCCGGUAGCUUUCGUUGUUAAUCAAACGAAAAUUGAAACUCAAAGUAACAAUACAACAAUUGCAAAUAUCACAAAGACGAAAAUUCAAGAAGACAAUUCUUCAGUGGAAAAGAAAAUCAAACCGGUUUCAAUAACAAACAACGACGUUACAACAGUGACUCCAAUAAAAUCAAUAAAACCUGUCUUUCUACAUCCCGAAACGGUUCCUCAUACAAUAACAGCAAUCACCAACAAUAACAUCAAAUCAAUACACUACAGAACAAAGAAGCCUAAAGCUAUUACUCAAAUUAAGAAACCGCUAAUUAACGCAAUUCACAAUGCCACAAAAUACAACAAAAGCGAAGAUAUCGACUCCGAUAUCAUAAACAAGACGAAAAAGAAAACAAUUCCUCAAAAGUAUAAUGCAAAAACAAUGAAGUCGAUAAACAAAGAGAUACACAAAAUACCGCCAACCCCAAUUUCUGAAACUUCAAAGACAUUGUCAGAAGCUCUUAAAUAUGAUAUCGCUCCCGAAAAUAAAGGUGGUUUCGAAAUAUUAGACAAAAACAAUCUAUGGGAGUUACUAAAAGAAGGUUCUGAUAAUGAUCCUUCGAAAUUAGAUGAGAAACUACAUGUUCAUAAUAGACUUAAUAUUUUUGGACAUAAUACGUCCAAUGUAGAUGACAACCGAUCAUUAUAAACUUUAUUGUUAUAUAAUGUAUAAGAUACAAAGACUUCAGUAUAAAUAUUUUUGUAACACAGUAUGUCACUUGAAACCUGUAAUUAUUCACGAUGAGUUGGUGUUGCGGAGAGUACAUGAUUAUUAUAAUCUUCAACUACUUCAAUUACUCCAGAGUCAGAAAAUAACUGCUUAUCAUUUCCAACUCCAUCAAAUUGUAUUUCAAAAUCUUUUCUUCUGAAUAUUUUUUGUAAAAAAUCUUUUCUGUUUUGAAAAGAUGCACUCUUCGUGACACCUACCGGAUCCUACAAUCAAAUUGUUGAUAAUCUCAAACACGAUUCCUAAAGCACUUUUAUUGUUGAUUGUUAGUAUGUACUGCACUCAUCUGAAUGACUUGUAUGAACGAUUGUAUGAGCUGUAAAUAUUAAGUGUAAGCUAAUUAUUGACUAAGUAAAGCGCUGUGACCUACGACUUCUAUUCUACGUGUGAAUUCAUUGCUCAAAAGCAAUCUUUUUGGUUUUCUAAUCUUAGGAUAACCUAUUUACCGGUUCUGUAGUCUCCAAUGGAAUGUAAACAGUAGUUUAGAGUAAGUUAUACUGAGUCAAUCUUUAUUGGUUGGAUUUCUGCUUCGAUUUAGAUGCUACUUUAAAUCUAGGAGAGCUAGAAACGCUGUUAGUACAUUUUGGGCUGCCUGAUUCCCUAUAUUUUUUUUUGUACUGUUCUCACACACUUAACAGAAGAGCCUUUUCUGCUAUAUCUUUGGUAAUAUUUUUCUCUCUUCCUGCCAAAUAAAACUGUCCUCAGUCUUCUUCAAAUGGAUUUUUGGGCGUAUCUACAAAUAAGAAGGUAGCCCUAUUAUUAGACUAGACCUCUGAUUUCUGUAAUGUAAAUAGGAUCUCUAAUUGCCAAAGUAAUCGUUUACCCCCUAGUAUAAAUAGAAGUACUAGAGUCUUAGAAAUGUAAUUGUAAUGCUAAUGCCCCAGAAUUUCCAUCCGUCUAUCGUCUUCUGUAUCUAUUAUAUGUAAAACGUAGUUCUAGUAGCUGUCUAGAUGUUUUAUGUUGUGUCUAGGGAUUGUGAAUCAUUGAUUAUGUACCUAUUAGAUUUCUUAAAACUGUCACCAGAGUACCUG